AUGACUAGAACAAACAAAUGGACUGAACGCGAAUCAAAAGCUGAUCCAAAGUACUUCUCGCACACUGGCAACUAUGGCGAAUCUCCUAAUCACAUCAAAAAGCAGGGUUCCGGAAAGGGUAAUUGGGGUAAACCAGGCGAUGAAAUUAAUGACUUGAUCGAUAGCGGGGAAAUACCUCCAGUGUUCAAGAGAGAUAGAAGAGGCUCAAAUUCGCAAUCGCACGAACGAAAAUAUGAAAAAGCCCAGAAUGAAUAG